UCCACUGCACAAACGAGCCGAACGUGUCAAUACCACAGCUGGCGAACCUUUUGGUGGAGCGCACUCAGAACACAAACUGGGUGGUGGUGUAUAAAGCACUCAUCACCGUACACCAUUUAUUAGCAUAUGGCAAUGAGAGAUUCACACAAUACUUAGCAUCCAGUAAUUCUACGUUUCAACUAAGUAAUUUCUUAGAUAAAAGUGGAGUACAAGGCGCGGCCGGUGCCAGGAUCGGAUAUGACAUGUCACCGUUCAUCCGGCGAUACGCCAAGUACCUCAACGAGAAGGCCCUGUCCUACAGGACGGUCGCCUUCGACUUCUGCAAAGUCAAGAGGGGCAAAGAAGAAGGCUCCCUCCGGAUGAUGAAUGUGGAGAAGCUCCUCAAAACGCUGCCAGUGCUGCAGGCUCAACUGGACUCGCUGCUCGAGUUCGACUGUACCGCCAACGACCUCACCAAUGGCGUCAUCAACAUGUGCUUUAUGCUGCUGUUCCGAGAUUUGAUCAGAUUGUUCGCGUGCUACAACGACGGAAUCAUAAACCUAUUGGAGAAGUUCUUCGACAUGAACAAGAAGAACUGCCGGGAGGCUCUCGAUCUCUAUAAAAAGUUCCUCAUCAGGAUGGAUAGGGUCGGAGAGUUCCUGAAGGUGGCAGAAAACGUGGGCAUCGACAAGGGCGACAUCCCCGACCUGACCAAAGCCCCCAGCAGUCUGUUAGACGCGCUGGAGGGACACCUCGCCGCCCUCGAGGGCAAGAAGGGAUCCGCGGCCAACACGCCCACGCAGACUGCCAGCGCCCAAAAGAACGUUGCCAGCGUUAUGGGUGCUCUGUCAUCUACGUCAUCGUCAUUCGGCAACGCGGCGGCUUCCAGUCGACUGGACAAAGCGGCCAAUGGUUCCGCGCCGCUGUUUAUAGACGACUCGCUCGCGCAGCAAGCGCUGGCUGAAGAAGAGGCUGCCAUGAACCAGUACAAGAACAAGGUGCAGUCUCCUACCAACUCGGCGGCCAACAAUCCGUUCCUGUCAUCUGCGCCGCCGUCCAACCAGCAGUCCAUCGUGGAUCUGUUCGGGCCGGCGCCCGCUGAACCGGCAAACAACGCUGGCAAGGCGUCCGACGACCUGCUAUCGCUGGGGAACCCGUUCGCUGAUAUGUUUGGAGCUGCGCCCGCGACCGCGCCCGCGCCCGCGCCUGCGUGGCAGCAGCCGAGCAACGGCUUCGCCGCCUUCCCCGCGCCGGCCGGCAACACAUUCGUGUCCGAGGCUAACUUCUCUAACGUAUUCAGUAACACUGACAGCACAGGUCAACAGCCCCAGCAACAAACCGGCAAGGUUCUCACUGGGGAUUUGGAUUCGUCGCUAGCGCAGCUCGCCAACAAUCUGUCUAUCAACAAGACGGCCACUGCGCAAAAACCGAUGCAGUGGAGUUCACCCAAGAACGCGUCGAAGCCCGGCAACACGUGGAGCCCGCAGCCUAUGCAGGCCACCACCGGCGCUGGAUACCGGCCGAUGGGUCCUGGCAUGACACUCCCGCCAAUGCCCCACACUUUGCCCCAUACAUAUCACCCUCCGCAUUAUAUUGUGCAACAGCCAGGCGUGGUAAUGGGCAUGCCGGGAGCGCCCAUGAUGCCCAUGGGAAUGGCGCAACCCAUGCGGCCCGCGGUACCACCACAACCGACCACCAACCAGUUCAGUUAAACUCUUAAAUCAGUUUUGUACGGUCCUCGUCACCCUACCCGACGGCUUACUACCAAAAAGUUAAAAAUAAUUGCCUCAAAAAGUUGCGAAAACGAGUUGUACCAUUUUCACUUUUGGCGGCAAAUAUUUUUCGAAAAUGUAGUGUAGCGAGUCAGAA